AUAAUUAUAUUAUUAAAUUUUUUAUCUAUAAAUUUAAUAAUUUAUUAUUUUAUAUUUGAAGUAAGGUUAUUAUUUAUUUUUUUAAUUAUUAUAAAUUGAGGAUUUAGGGUUGAUCGGAUUAUAUCAAGUUUUUAUUUAAUAUUUUAUACAAUGAUUUUUUCUUUACCAAUAUUAUUAAUUUUAUUUAUUAUUAUGAAUUUAAAUAAAUCUUUAGAUUUUAUUAUAUUAGAAUUUUAUAAUUUUAAGUUUUUAGAUAUUUAUUUAAUUUAUUUAAUAAUAGUAUUUUUAGUUAAAGUUCCUUUAUAUAUAUUUCAUAGAUGAUUAUUAAAAGCUCAUGUAGAAGCUCCUUUUUAUUCAUCAAUAAUUUUAGCUUCAAUUAUAUUAAAAUUAGGGGGUUAUGGUUUAAUUCGGUUGUUAUUAAUUUUUAAAUAUUUAUAUAAAUUUAUUUAUUAUUUUGUUAUGAUUAGAGUUAUAGGUAUAUUAUUAUUAAGAUUAAUAUGUUUAAUUCAAAUUGAUAUAAAAAUUUUAGUAGCUAUUUCUUCUGUAGUUCAUAUGAUAUUAAUAUUAAUUGGUUUAUUUACUUUAUUGAAAAUUGGGUUUUUAGGUAGUUAUUUAAUAAUAAUUUCUCAUGGUUUUAGAUCUUCAGGAUUAUUUUAUUUAAUUAAUAUUAUUUAUAGAAAUUAUUAA